GUUGACCAUGGCAUGAAUUGUCACCCGACAUUGCCUGCUAGGAUAGUGCUGCCAGCUUGGUCUAACUGCCAACCACGAUCGCAGCAGCAGCAACAGCACAAGUCCCCGGUCAACGGCCGCGAGGCUAUGCCUACGAUCCCUCCGCCUCCGCCCUAUCCUCCGCCUCCCUUGCCCAGCGGGGGCGGAGUCAUUGCUCCUCACUUCCAACCCCCUCUCGUGACCUCACAUCCCACCAGCACCACCACUAGAACCACUCAGGAAGCACUUCGACAUCUCUCCGACGAAGGCAGUCUCCCCAGCGGUGGUAGUAAGUACAUUCCAAAUGGGUGGUGA